AUGGAAUUCAGGAGAUGCCUCAUAUGGGUUAGAAUAUAUAAUUUUGAAAUGGUGAAGAAGUUCAGCCCAGAUGAUAUAAUAUCGCAGAAUUUAAUUAAAACCUCCGUCCAGAGGAAUAUUAAACUGAACAUUGUUAAGGAUUACCCUCUUUUAAAGGACACUAUUGACGUGAUUUUCCCGAAAAAAAUACAGUUAUAUUUGGCAAAGUGCCAAGAACAUGUAAAUUUAUUGAUGGUUGGAGGCGAAAUCAUGUUUAUUCAGCACAGGGAUGGGCCCUGGAUACCGUCACUUCGAUUGGUACACAAAUAUCCCGACAUACUGCCCAAAAUGCAGGUGGAUAGCGGCGCCAUUAAAUUUGUUUUGAGAGGGUCAAAUAUAAUGUGUCCUGGACUCACAUCAGAGGGCGGGAAAAUGGAUGAUGUGGAGGCUGACACACAAGUGACUGCUUCUGGGAGGCACAACGCCUGCGCGAUUGGAUUGACGACCAUGUCAACCAAGGAAAUAGCUCUUAAUUUUCUUAGUUUAGAAAAGAAUAAGGACGUCUGCAUUCACACUCUUCACUAUUUGAACGAUGGCUAUUGGCAGUUCAACGCUGAUAAGUACGGAUACUCUCCCUAA